GUAGUAGUAGCAUAUCAUGUGAUAUUUUUGAGGACGUACAUCAUGUGAUAUGUAUCAAAACUAAAAAUUCCUCAAUUUGGAAUCCAAACCAAAACCCUCCCUUCAAUCCAUCCAAGAAUCUUUAAUAAUAUACAAACAAAAGCCUUCCUUCUCUUCAAAGACACCAUCCAAACUUAUUACAGACACUCUCCUGCGAUUCUAAAAUCACCAUAAACAACAAAAUUGCAAGAGAGCGAUAGUCUGAGACUGAGAUUUUGAGAUUUAUUGACAGAGAGACAGACAGAGAGACAGAGAAUGGAGACUAAGAAGAUGAAGAAAGAUGUGAUUCGACUGGAGAGAGAGUCCGUAAUUCCAAUUCUGAAGCCCAAACUCAUCACCACCUUGUCCAACCUCAUUCAAAAUAGUUCUGACCGGGCUGAAUUUUAUAAGCUAUGCAAGAGAGUUGAAUACACAAUUCGUGCUUGGUAUAAUCUGCAAUUUGAGGAUAUGAUGCAAUUGUACUCCCUACUUGAUCCUGUCCAUGGGAAUCGCAGACUGGAGCAGCAGAGCCUAACUCCUGAAGAGAUUGACAAUUUUGAACAGAAAUUCCUGACAUACUUAUUUGAGGUCAUGGAAAAGAGUAAUUUCAAGAUAGCUACUAAUGAUGAGAUCAAUGUUGCACUAUCGGGGCAGUACCUUCUAAAUCUUCCUAUAACAGUUGAUGAAUCUAAGCUUGACAAGAAGCUUUUGAAGAGGUAUUUUGAGGAGCAUCCUCAUGCAAAUCUUCCGGACUUUGCUGAUAAGUACAUAAUAUUCCGACGUGGCAUUGGAAUUGACCGGACAACUAAUUACUUCUUCAUGGAGAAAGUGGACAUGCUCAUUGCACGCUUGUGGGCAUGGCUUUUGAGAAAGACUAGGCUAGAAAGAGUUUUUUCCAGAAAAUUAAAUGCACCACACGAUAUAGAUCCAAAAAAUGAUGAUGAAAUGCGUGCUAAGACAGAGCAAGAUUACUUAAAAGUUGAGCGGAUUCUUCUUGAAAAUAUGGAACUCAGUUUUUCCAAUCUGCUGGGCAAGGUCACCAUCCAAGAACCUACCUUUGAUAGGAUAAUUGUUGUUUACAGGCGGGGAACUACCAAUACAAAAACAGAACGAGGAGUAUUUGUAAAACAUUUCAGAAACAUUCCAAUGGCUGAUAUGGAAAUUGUCCUUCCAGAAAAGAAAAAUCCAAGUUUAACGCCAAUGGAUUGGGUCACAUUUCUGGGUUCUGCCAUUGUUGGGCUGGUUGCGGUUGUGGGUUCACUGGACAUGCCUAAAGCUGAUCUUUGGGUCAUAUUCGCCAUCCUUUCGACUGUAAUUGGUUAUUGUGCUAAGACAUACUUCACGUUUCAGCAAAAUAUGGCUGCAUACCAGAACUUAAUUACUCAGUCCAUGUAUGACAAACAACUUGAUAGUGGAAAGGGCACUCUUCUUCACUUGUGUGAUGAUGUGAUUCAGCAAGAAGUAAAAGAGGUAAUGGUUUCAUUUUUCAUAUUGAUGGAACAGGGGAAAGUUACUCGACAGGAACUUGACCUGCGGUGUGAAAAACUAAUUGAGGAAGAAUUUGGUGUGAACUGCAAUUUUGAUGUGGAUGAUGCACUUCAGAAGCUAGAGAAGAUGGGCGUUGUUGUUCGGGAUAUGAAUGGAUACAGCUGUGUAGGUCUUAAGCGUGCGAAUGAGAUCAUUGGACCCACCACAGAGGAGCUUGUGCUUAAGGCUAGAAAGUGCACACUUAGUCCUCCUUGAUGUUAUUGUACGAAGCUAAGCUGGCUGAGAUCCAGCACACGCAAACAAUCCUCUGCUCUCAAAUCACCCUCCUUUGUAUGGACACUUUGCCAGCAUUUGUUUCCUUCUUUACCAUCCCAUUAACAUGUGUAAUGUUUGCCUGUGGAGUAAACUCUUCUUUCCAUUUUUUCAUUAAUUAAUUUGUUUGUUUAAUUUUUAUUAAUUUAUCUGCUUGUAAUGCUACAUGGGUCAGCUUUAAUGACCUCUUUCAAUGCAAUAUUUUGUGAGUAGUGUUUCCUAA